AGGUAAUAACUUUUAUUUUACUUCAUUACUUCAUGUUUUUGUGUCAUUUGCAGAGACAGAUGAAUUCAUUAAACCCAUUUGUUCUCCCGGUUUUUCAGUUUAAUUGUGUUCGUCACAGCGGAGUGAACAUAUUUUUGCUGAGAACUGAUAGACAGAAUACAUGGAGACUGAUCACCAGCAGUGGAUGGACGGACAAACUGAUGAGGACAGUGACUCAGAGGAGAAUUUGUGUGGAAUACAAGAGAGCUGUACCACUGGGCUGUGUCAUCACCCUCAGCUGGAAACAGACGUUGAGUCAGUCAGGACUUUGUAUUCAGACUCUGCAAUAUCUGUCAGGGUGUACGACUCAAUUGAUGAUGUGGAUGUUGACUUAAACAUCAAUACCAACUUCCUGGGCGAGGAGGUGGCCAAAGCAUGGGGGGUUAAUUCAUCAGAGCCCAUUGUUAUCCGUCUGCACUUUUCUCUCUCCCAGUAUCUGGACGGCCCUGCACCUUCUGUUGAAGUCUUUCAGCCAAGCAACUCAGAUCAUUUCAGUGUCGGGAAACAACUAGAGAAUAUUCUCACACUCUUCAUAUCUCUGGAGUGGAAACACCUGACAAAUGAGAACAUCGUGGUCCAACAGAAGAGCAGACACGGCCGGUUCAGACCAAGAGGCACGAUCAGGAAAUUUGGCACGAGACUAAGCAUCUGGUUACCACUGUCAAAAUCCCAUCAGCACCGCAAGGCAACAAUGAGAGGAAAGAUCAUUUUCCCAACGAUGAAACUGAAUCGUUUCAAAAAUCACAUGAACUCUGACACUAUCAAGAAUCCCACAGGAGAACUCUUCACCUACAUGCCAAGUCGAAAGAGGGUGAAGGUGUCAUCUAUCAAGCCAUCACAGAUUAGCACCAAACAGCUGAUAGAGCUGCUUUUCUCCUCCCAGACCACAGUGCACUGUAAGAGCACCCCCACUCUACAGCAUGGAUUCCUACUACAGAUAAUGAGCUACGCUGAGCAGAGAAUGUCAACCCUUAAUGAAUUCUGUGUAAUCUGUGAUGAGCGCCACAUGUUUCAGAACGGCCCUCUCUUAAAGCCUGCAGUUUGCACGAGGGAGCUAUGUGUGUUUUCCUUUUAUACACUGGGCGUUAUGUCCGGGGCUACAGAGGACGUUGCAACUGGUGCAGAGGUGAUUGACCUGCUGGUCGCUAUGUGCAGAGCUGCUCUUCAGUCUGCACGCAAGAGCAUCAUAUUUGAACCGUACCCUUCGGUUGUUGAUCCUUACAACCCAAAAGCUCUGGCCUUUAGUCCAAAGAGAAGAAGCUAUGACAGGCUGCAAAAGGUGCUUGACAAUGUCUUAUUAAUCAGGAGAAUGCCACAGGGUCAACAUUCUGAAAUAAGGAAACAGAUGGAUAAGUUAGAUCCUCUUGCUUAUCCCUUACUCCAGUGGAUUUUAGCAAGCAACAGAUCACACAUUGUCAAGCUUCCACCGCACAGGAAACUGAGGUUCAUGCACACACCCCAUCAGUUUCUGUUGAUCAGCAGCCCGCCCUGCAAAGAGGCUCGAUUCCAAACUGCUAGAAACAUUUAUGGCAGCACUUUCGCUUUUCAUGGUUCCCACAUUGAAAACUGGCACUCUAUUUUAAGAAAUGGACUGGUUAACGCCUCAUACACAAAACUACAGCUUCAUGGAGCAGCCUAUGGGAAAGGCAUCUAUUUGAGUCCAAUCGCAAGCAUAUCUUUUGAAUAUUCAGAGAUGGGUAAAGGUCAGCACCAAAUAAUAGCCAAAGAUGAUCUCCUAAAGAAAUACAACAGAAUAAACAAAAUCAGACAGGGGGAGUCGGGGCAAACAAGAUUUCUGCAGAGCAGGAACCUGAACUGCAUUGCACUCUGUGAAGUUAUAACAUCGGAAGCCCUUCAAAAACACGGGAACAUCUGGGUGUGUCCGAUAUCUGACAACGUGUGCACACGCUUUCUUUUUGUGUAUGAAAACGGUCAGGUGGGAGACGUCCACGUCAACACACAGGACGUCCACAUCCACAGGGAAAUUUUACAAGUAAUUGCUUCACAGUCGUGCUGAGAAAACAAAUAUCCUCUCACUGUACAUAUACUUCAUUAUGAUGUAGAUUUUAUAUAAAAGACAGAGGUCUUAUAGGAAGGAAAAUACUCAUAAUAAUUACUAAUAUGUAAUUAUAUUAUGACAUGAUGGAAGAAAUAGUUGUUGAAUCAUGCACCUGUUAAACCAUUUUGCCUUGUCUGUUUCAGUCCAAGAUAGUCUAUUUCUACUGCCGCUCUCAUUGAGUGCAUUUAUGACCUAAUUUUUAAAAAAAAGGAACAAUACAACACAUCAACUGUACCCUUUUCAUUUACACAUUCACAUUACUUGUUAUUUAUGUAAUACAUGUGAUUCACCACAAGAUGGAAGUGUAAGCAAGUGUGAUUAAUAGAGCCAAUAAAUAGGUAAUAUUUUGAUAAGAUAGUUCUUUAUUAGUCCAGCAGAGGGGAAAUUUACAUUGUCACAGCAGCAAAGACAGUAACGAUAACGAUGAUAAAUAAUAAAUGUGCAUUUCCAAGAAAGUGCAAUAUUGAAAGAUAUUAACAUGUAUGACUAUAAAAAGUUAAAAUACAAUGUACAUUAUAGACAGUUUUCAGAAU